CCCUCGUGCUGGGCCUGCGAGAGGAGCAGCCCCACGUGCUUUGUGUCGCGGCGGGCGGGAUCUUGUCGUGAUAACGGGAUCUGCCUUCUCUCACGUGUGGCUAUUGUGAAUUACGCGUUUCUCGUGCCUUCUGUAAUUAAUUGUUCGGGCGCAGAACGGAUGAUGAAUUACGAUACGGGAUGUGCUCCUUACUGCUGGAGGAGACAAUAUAUAAAGGAAACACACGAGGAGCAUGAUACUUCUACUGAAAAUGCAGAUGAUUCUAACCAUGAUCCUCAGUUUGAGCCUAUCGUUUCCCUUCCUGAGCAAGAAAUAAAAACUCUGGAAGAGGAUGAGGAAGAACUUUUUAAGAUGCGAGCAAAGCUAUUCCGAUUUGCAUCUGAGAAUGACCUUCCAGAAUGGAAAGAACGAGGAACUGGUGAUGUAAAACUCCUGAAACACAAGGAGAAGGGAACAAUUCGCCUCCUCAUGAGGAGGGAUAAAACCCUAAAAAUCUGUGCAAACCAUUAUAUCACACCCUUAAUGGAACUGAAGCCUAAUGCUGGGAGCGACAGGGCAUGGGUCUGGAACACACAUGCUGACUUUGCAGAUGAAAGCCCCAAGCCUGAACUUCUGGCAAUCCGAUUUUUAAAUGCAGAGAAUGCACAGAAAUUCAAGGCAAAAUUUGAAGAAUGCAGGAAUGAAGUAGACAAGAGAGCAAAGAAAGCAGGCACAGACAAAAAUGAUAGUGCUGAUAAAGUUGCUGAAAAACUAGAAGAGCUUUCUGUAAAGGAAGAGAGCAAAGAAUCUGAGAAGAAAGAGACCAAGGAAAAAACUGAAGAAAAGCAAUAAAUCAUCCUGGGCCUUGCAGUUUUUCCUUUACUUUUUUCUUUCUGGUUUUUUGUUUUGUUUUUUAAUUUUUACAAGGGACUUUAUAAGGAACUGAAUUCAAUGUUCAGAUUGUUUUUUCUAAGCUUUUGCCCUUUUGAAGAUGUCUUCAGAAAAUCCAUUCCCCAGUCAUGAAAAUGUACUGUGCUAACUUUCUUUUCCAUAGUGGAAACACUUAUUUAUAGUCAUCCAAAAGAGUGAAUAAAGCAAACUUGAAAAACAGCAUCAGAGGACAGAACUGAGUUUUCUAUAUGCUUUAAAGGCUUAUGAAUACACUUGUUUCAUUGGGUGUUGAGAUACAUGUCAUCAUACCUGUGGAUUAAUUAGGUUAACAGACACUACCAACAGGGAGGAUUAAGAUUACAUACUUGUUUCUUAUAUGGCUUCUAAAACUACUCUUAACAGGACCUUUCACACUUUUUCUGCUGUCUGUUCCUGAGCAGGGAGUGUACCUGUGAUUCUUGAAAUGCAGCAGACUUCUGGAAUCAGGCGAUAGAGCAUUCCUGGCACACUAUUAAUGAUGUUCCGUCAGACAGUGAAAAUAAAGGUGGGGGAGAAAAUAUUACGUGAGACUUGAGAGAAGUGUUUUGCUCUUACAAAACAAAAUCUCUGUUCCUCCCUCACCCCACCAAAUUUGUUAACAUUACAAAUGCUUGACUCUAGCAUAAAGUUGUUGUUGUGGUCCCAGAUCUUCCGUGCUGUACUGCUUGCUGACUGAAGGCAGCAGCAGCCUGUUACACUGAGGUGUAUACAAAAGCAUCUUAGCUGUUGGAGUAGCUUACCAUGAGAUUCCCUGUGUCAGCAUAUCAUAAAAGUUGUACUCUAAAAAUUACAAGCUUUUUUUCAGGCCUUUGGAGCUUGCAUUGUUUUUAUAAAUUGGAGGGGUUCUGAACUUUUUAAGAUGCAUGGUGGGAGGCUGUCCCCUCUUGGAGAGUGGCAGUCUGACCUUCGCUUUGGAACAGUUAAUUAUGUUACACACGCUUGAGGGGCACUUCCUUGCCAGAAUGGACAGACUGAUCAAAUCUCUUCCCUGCAAAUACUUUCUUUUUAUCUGGUUUCAACUUAGUGCCAGAGAGUAGGAAAAUAAACUAUAGUGAGCAAUAAAAUCAACACAGUUUUUAAGUCUGAUAGAUUAAUUAAAUGUCAUUGUUAACCGCUAAUACAAGGAUAGCGGUAGGGUAGUGAUGGAAUUCUGUAAUACUGUUUCCAAAAUAAUUAUGAAAACCGGACAAAACUUCAUAAACUUUAAGACUGUGUGAUGUUAACAUUGGAUAGCAAGACCUUUUUAUCUUCAUAAAGAGGCUUUCCAAGUAGGUCAGGCUCUGCAGUCUACCUGAGGAAACUAGAUUUUAAAAAGAAAAUCUUGUCUUUCUACUUAGCACUGCCUUUUGAUGCUACGAUGAACUAGUCUUAAAGCUGGAACUGUAACUAAGGUACUCGCUUUAUUCAAACAAAGUUAAUUCCUUUGGUGUUGUGCAUGUUCCCCUUCAAAUGCAGCAGAUAUCAGAAGUCUCUUAAUUAACAAAGAUGGUUGAAAGGCAAAAUAAAAUGCUCUUUAGUGUUUCUGGUUUGGAAAUAACAAGACAAAGCUAUUCUGAAGUACUUAACAUUUGAAUGUAAAAGCCAAAUCUUUAUCCGUGAGUCACUGUAAAUUCUCUGAUCUGAUAAUGUCAAACAGUGUGUCUAAAUUGAUAGAAAUGACAUUUAAAAAUUUCAAAAUAAAUUUAAAUUUUCAUUGAAAGGAUUUGCUUUUUAUUUAAAGAACUCACUGGGAAUGCAUUCUUAGCCUGCUGGGGUAAAAUGAUGAAGGCAAGCAAAAUGGGUGAGUUUGAUUUCACUGUCAAACACUGCACAGCAGAGGGGAGGAAACACUUAAAUGACUGAAUUUGUCUUAAUCUUAGAUAUUGAUGACUCCUGCUUAAUUUUAUUACUCUUUCUUAUUCUUCUCUUUACUUAUUCUUGCAUGCUUAAAUGAUUUCAAGACAUUUCCAUUCCUGUUUAGGUUAACUGAUCCAUGUUUACAGUUCAUGGAUUACAGCCAUCCUUAAUGCAAGCCUGCAGUCUCAAAGAGCCAAGUUAUGAGGAACCACUAAGUCAAACAAUUUCUGAGCAUAGCAUUUGACUGAAGAAUGUCUUAAGUCUUCUAAUCUAAAGGAUGGUUAGGUCACUUUAGAAGCCGUAGGUAUGCUGUUCUACAAAUUAAAAAGCAGUAAGUAUUUUUAAAAUUGAUCUCGGUGAAAUAAGGCUUUUUUUGUGCAAGUCAUUCUAAUGAUAAACUUUCCUAUAUGUAAGGUAGACUACCACGAGAUGUCCUUGAAAAGUUUUUGUAGCUUACUGUAUACUGACUAUUCUAGAGUUCUAGCUGAUGUAGUGUCGUCUUGUCCCCCCUGCCCAGGUCACCAGGUAUUCAUGCUUUCCCACCAUCUUCACUGUUAACAGCGUUGUUGAGAUGAUGGAACCUGACCUGUCUUGUCAGGCAGUAGAGGGUCUGAAAAAUUGUGAUAGUCCUUUGUCAAAAAGGUAGGCUUGUAGUGCAAAAGUUCCUGAACUUGUGGGCAACUACUAAAGUAUGUCAGUUGCCUUAUAUUUGUUUCUGAAGUGGCAAUAACUUCAGUGUGAUUUAAAUGUCUGAAUCUGGUUUUAGGUAAUGUGUCGUAGUAAAAAUGAAUAACGUAGAAACUUUUUGAAUUUGUUGUUGAGAGACAGUGAAUCUUUAAUUUCUGCAUUUUAUAGGGGUGUGUUGAGACUUGUCUCUAGGAUUUACUUUCCCUUUAACUCCCAGUGAGGCAAAGUAACUCCUAGUAUGGUUAAAUGUAGACUAAAAUAAUGGGGAACGUAGUUUUGUUAAUGCAGCUGGCUAGAGGAUGAAGUCUUAAGUACUUCUAACUUCAGUAGCAGCAUUACUGAGAAUAUGGCUGAAUCUUACAGAGGGUACAAGUGAAGAUUUUUAAGAGGUUUUAA